AUGGAUCCCUACGUUGGACCCUCAAUUUUCAUGCCCGUCAACGCCCACCGAACAAACAUCAACCCCAUCUCGAGCACUAAAGAACGCGUUGGAGAGCAAUGGGCCAAGUGUCGCGAAGUCCAAGAACUCCUCAGCCAACUCGAGAUCCGAGAUGUGGUGUUCGCCCUGGGCAUCAACGAAGUGCAAGCAGCGGAGCUCCAAGGAUGCAUCUUUGCCCUGCUGGCAACCGGCCCGAUACCCCCCUGCUUUGCGGCAGAGAGUAUGGCGAUCCGCCUGGCCAAGGAACGCUGGCCAGACCUGCUCUGCUGGGACGAGGUACCCAGCAUCUGGCUCACCGAGGCAAUGCACGAGUGCGUCGAGCUUGUCAAGCGAGGAGGCAGUCUUGUCAAAGAAGUCAGUAACCUGAAAGAGCGGCCCGACGGAGAGCACGUCUCUGAGAAGGCUGCGCGGCCAGUCCCUGCCAACCAACAUGUGCCGGACCAGCAACAGAAUGAUUUGGAUCUCGAGGAGUCGAUCGAGGAACCGUCAGCGAUCACAACGGGUAAUGACCGAGCGGAUAUUUGCCUAAAUUCGCUGUCCAAGGACUCUGAACAAACAGUCGAAGAACACAAUAAUACUCCAGGAGACGAGUUUUUCGAGCCCAUGUCGGGCUUAGAGCUGCAAUGCGAAGAGCCAAUCUCGCUGGUUAUUGCCACACCAACGAAGCAGAGCAGCGGUCAAGGACCAUUGGUUGGUUCAGCACAGCUCACACCAGGUCAUGAUAGCCGCCACCAGAACAUGACUCCCGUACACUCAAGCUCCCCUGGCCUUUUUGUCACGCCAGAAAGAGAAUACAGGACGAACAGGUCAGCGACCGACGUUCCUGCGGAAGCGUGUUCGUCAGAUGUUGAUAUAGCGGCUUCUGAGCCAAGAGAUAGGGAACUCGACGAGGUGGUCCUAAAGAAGGCAGCCCGAUUGUCUCCAGAGAUCAAGGAAGCCAAAGCCAUACUCGACUGCAAGUUUGACAAAGGCCUCGACCGUCAGAUGUACCUGGUCAGGUGGAUUGACUACCCAAAGACGGACGACUCCUGGGAGCUGAUUGAGCACCUGACGGAAUACGUAGGGCUUGUGGUCGAGUACAACAAGCAGAAACAAAUCAAGGGAAAGCACAGCUCCGAGCUUGGGAUUGCCGACACCGGUAGCCCAAAACGAGACACGGCGCAUGCCCAUACUGGUACUCAGUCGCCAUCACCAAAGGCCAACAGCAAGGUUAUUCCGGCGAACCAUGUUCUUUUGAGAAUGUUGGGGCAAUCGAGCCACGGUGCCACAGAGGGAAAACGCAGUGAAACUACCACUGGAACCGAUGAAGGAGCCAUCCCUUCGUCCCAGGCACCAAGUCCACCACCCGAAUAUGGGCGCGGACCGAUUGAUGAUCUUGCCCUCCCGGAUACGGAGGACUCAUCGGCACAGCCGGAAGAAAGUACCAAUGGCAUCCGGACGGCCGCCGCAAAAAAUCCCAAACCGGCGAUGUCGACACCAAGCAGCAUGUAUUCACAAUCUCGCCUGCUCCCCACGAGUAGUCCACUCUCGCCAAGGAAAAUGGCGUUACCCGCCGCCGCUUUGGCAGGAAUAUCCACCACGGGUUCGGCCAAUGGUAGUAGAAGCGCGUCGCCCACUCCAUCAGAUCCGCCACUGCACAAGCCGAGAGUGGCUGCCUUCCCCAUGGUUGGCCCUGGAUGGAAAAGACAUGGGAAGACGACCCUGGCUCGAUCCCACAGUGCAUCUCCCGGCCCAGUGCUAGCAGAAGUCCGAGGACCUUCGCCCUUUGGUGGUGACGUAGAGGUUGAUGGGCGCGGUCUUGGGAACGAAGCCUGCGCCGAGACGUCCCAGCCCACGAGGCCCGCAAGCACAGAUCGAGUUUUGCGAGGCAGCUCAGACAGAAAAGCUCAGGAAAAACCCGAUUCUGGCCCAUUCAAACAUAUAAAAUUUGUCAAAAACGUCAAGACCGCAGCGCCAGACCACGACAGGGCCCAUACAGGGGAGAAAUCUUCUCGGAAGCAGCCGUCGACCGAUGGAGCUCCCCCCAAGAGCACCCCGGUCACGUCUAACAAAGCAGCUUGCCAGCCAGCCGCCCAAAAGACCAAGCCUUCUAACGUGAUGAGCCUAGAGGACUACUGCGCAGACGAGCUUGCUGACAGGGCAGAGAAGAAAGCAGCUACAGCGGUACACAAGAUGGUCAAGCCGGCCCCGACGCUUCAGAAGCCGCAUCAAACUCCCCGAAGAAAACUUAUCAAUCUCAAGACGGGGGCCGUUACUUAUCUAGACCAAGCAAGAAAGCCCGACGCGCAACCUGAUCGCGCAGGCAGCACGGCAUCGACUCCGGCAUCGACGUGUGCCAAGUCUCAGGCUGGCCUCGACCCACGGGUCGCGGAGAAUCCGCAAGCGCAAAGGCCAUCGACCCAAGGAAGCAACCAGGCCGGAGCAAAGCGCAAACGUAGCGGUGAUGACCUGCCGCCAGCUACGCAUGCGUCCAAGAGGACAAACCUCUUUGGGCCCUGA